UGACGGACCAAAACACAACAACAAACUUUUUCCACAAUUAAAAAAAUAAAAAAAAAAUUAAAAAAAUGACGCCCAUCACGGAGCAGUGACUUUUUUCUUCGUCCAGUUGGCAGCGGACAAGUCAGUUGGAGAUGGAGAACAAGGCCAUGUAUUUGAGUACAUAUGAGGAAAGAGAGAAUGGCUCUGUGUACGAAGAGGCCUAUGAUGGACCCAACCUGUCCAAACUCAACCUGUGUGAUGAAGGUUCUGGUAAGAGGCGCAGGAAGCAGGAUCAGUGCUGCAGUCACUUGAACUCCCUCUCAGCCAUCAAGUAUGCCAUUGUCUCCCUCUACAUCCUGGUUCUUCUCACCAUCUUCGGGCUCUGUCUGGCCGUCUCUCGAUCUCAGGUUUCUUCAGAGCGGCAGGAGGUGCUUAUGGAGAACGUAACCCGGAUGUCAGAGCGCUCUCAGCUGUUGCAACAGAACCUGGGUGACAUGUCCAAUCAAGCCGACCUGCUGGAGAACAUCUGGAAAUUAGAAAACCUUUUCCAGAACCACAGUGACUGGCUGCAGAAACUGGAAAUCCUCAUCAAGGACCUAGAUAUGGAGCUGAGAAGCCUCCAGGCUCACUCCCUUCAGUCAGAGGGCUAUCUGGUGCAGCUAGAUGACAGACUAUCUUCUCUGAGCAGCUCUGCUGGCCGGAACGUGACCAGCUUAAGCGAGGAGGUGGCCCGAGCCGCCACGUGGCUCCGCGACCAGGAGCACUUGCUCAGGGAAACUUCAGGACAGGUGAGCGGGCUCAGAGAAAAGUUGGAUGAGGUUAACUGGACAGUUGGAGCUGUCAAUCACACCUUCAGCAAUGAUGUCAGUGUCCAUCAUUUGAAGAUCAAAGAUUUGCAGAUCCAGAUCAUGAACAUAACGGAGGAUACCACAAGUUUGUGGGUGACCCACGUCCACACCGAAGCCCAGCUCAGGGAGGAGAUGGAGAUCCUCAACAAAAUUACAGAGGACCUCCGUCUGAAGGACUGGGAAUAUUCCAUGGUCCUGAAGAACCUCACCAUUGUUGAAGGACCUCCAGGGCCAAAAGGAGAGAAGGGGGACACUGGACAACUGGGGCCGGUUGGGGCUCUGGAUUCACUGGCUGAGAGGCUGCUGGCUGUGUGUUUUACAGGAUUUCCUGGUGAAAGGGGCAACCAGGGUCCUCAAGGUGUGAAAGGGUCAGUUGGGGCUGACGGUACGAAGGGAGAGAAAGGAGACCGUGGAACUGCUGGGCCGAAAGGUGACAGAGGAGAUCGGGGAAUGAAAGGGGAAAAGGGUGAACGAGGGGACAGAGGAGAGAAAACAGUGGAGGACACCCUUGUCCGGCUGGUGAACGGCUCAGGUCCUCAUGAGGGGCGAGUCGAAGUUUUCCAUGAACGCCGCUGGGGGACGGUGUGCGAUGACGUCUGGGAUAAAAAAGACGGCGAUGUGGUCUGCAGAAUGUUGGGAUUCCGCAGAGCUCUUGAAGUCCACAAGACUGGACGCUUUGGACAGGGUACUGGUCUGAUCUGGAUGGAUGAUGUGGCAUGUGUCGGCAAUGAAGACGCCAUCCACCAGUGCAAGUUUUCCGGCUGGGGCAAAACCAACUGUGGCCACGUGGAGGAUGCUGGCGUGACUUGUGAUUCAGAACUCUCUUGAACUUUACUUACUUGCAGCAGACCAUCUCUUCCUGCUGUGCCUUCAACAUUUUAGGAGGUAAAAAGGUGCAGAAUUUCCUCAGCUGGAACAAUAAUCUGCUAUAUUUUCCAGUUUUGUUCCUCGCAGUACAUUGCUUUUUGUUUUUUGACCUGACAAAGCUCCAUGUCGUGCAUGGAGUAAAUCUUUAGCAAUUUUCAGAGUUACACUUUGAAAUGUGACUGUUUUAGUUGGAAGACAGUGAAACUAUAUGCACGCCAUAAAGUGCAUCGUUUCACCAGCAGCAUUUUGUUUCCAUUAACUGCCCACUGUGAGGUGGCACAUGUGGGGCAGCUGCAAGCCUGCUUCAUCAGACUGAACUGUGGAACCCACCUGUCCUCGAUGGAGGGUCAAAGUUCAAAAGAAAGAACCUUCUCUGUCAUCAGGAUUUCUCUUUUGGUGCCCAAAGUCAGAGAAUCUGAAUGACGGAUUCUUUGUCCCAACCUUACAUAUGACACGCUUUCAUAAAGAAACUAAUUUAAAAGGUCCGAAUCAGGCACCUGUUGUCCACACUAUGAUCUUACAGUGGUACUAAACACUACAAAGUAUUAUAUUAUCUUAGAACAUUUCUCUCUCUCUCCCAUUUUUAAUAGAAAAUAACUGUGACUAACAAUUAUUUUGUGAAGGUAUGGAUGCAUGGACGCCAGUCUGAACAAUUCAUAAUGGUGUGUCUGUCAGUACUGACAUCAUGUCUACAGAGACAGAAGUUGGGUUGCUUCAGCAUUAACACGCAUGCAUACGUUUGCAUUCAUGUAAACCAAACCAGCCACAACAAACAAGCUUUUCUGCCACAUUCUCUACCUCUACAUGUCAGCCUCCACAGAUUGUCCUCACUCUGUCUGGAUCAAUAGGACAAAAAAGCCAUGAGCUGGAGUAGAUUUUAUA